AUGUCAUCCAAUGGAGAACUGAGAGGUCUCUUAUCCAAAAUGAAGUUUACUUCAAAGUUUUCGAAUCUUAAUAUUUCGUCAAACAAUGAACGUGACGGGAAUUCAGCCGACGACACUUUGAUUCAUAAUGCAUUUGUGAAAUACUUCAGCACCAAGGGGGAGCCAUUCCCACAAUGGCUAGGAGUGAAGGAAGUGGCCAAUAACUCGUACAAACCAACAUAUCAACAACAAUCGCAACAGAAUAACUAUGCCAAUUCGCAAUACCAACCGGUGUACACCAGUAGAAACACUCCAGUACAACAGCAACAAUACCAAUCAAGUCAACAGAAUGGCCAACAAAAUGCAUCACCUGAACCACAACAGCCUUCAUAUACACCAAGAUCUUCAUCCAGGCUUCAAGAUAUGUAUAAUAAAUCUAGACAACAAUCAGUACCAGGAUCAGGAUAUAGUACCCAACCUGCCCAACCAGCAUUUGGAAGAACCAAUAGUUCUACAACCGGCUCUCGCUUGAGAGCACAUAUGUAUAGCCAAAAUUCGUACAAUGCCUCGUCUUCUCAAUCUGGCUCAAGUAGACCAAGCUCUGGUAGCGGAGCGUCUGGAGCUCCUUCGAGCUCCGCACUGGGAUCCAGUUCAUCUAGAGCAACUUGGGGUAGAGGAUAA